GUCCAUGGCGAUGGCCAGACCCUUCAUCUUCAAAGCCUGUCUCCUUUCCGCCGAAACUGCGAACCUCUUGAAGAAGAACCGCAUGGACCCGAAGCCCUUUUCAGAAAAAGACCAGUUUUUUUCAACAAAAGCCGAAAAGGUCACCACCAAUGGUGCAGCGAACAUAAGCCUUCAAGAAUGGCAGGGCUGGGGCGCCAUCUCACCUCUACCUGCCAUGGUUAUUGAAGUCAUUCAGGACUUGAAGCUUCUGGAGAAAGAUAUUGGAGCUCAUUUGGAUUUUGGUGGCAAUCAUGGCAAACUCCAAGGAGAUUUUAAAGUGCAAGAGGAUAAAAAGCAUAGGGCAAAGUUUCAAUCUUUAGGAAAUUCUGAGAAGAAGCUCCAAUUCUUUUCAGCUCGUCAAAUAGCAUGCCGCUUACUCGGUAGUAGAGGAUAUCUCUGUCAGAAGUGCUGGCUUCCCAUGGAAGAUUGCAUGUGUUCAAGACUUCUGCCUUUUCCUCUUUGGCAUCGGAUACGUUUUUGGUUGUAUAUGCAUCCAAAGGAUUUUUUACGACAGAACAACACGGGAAAGUUGUUAUGUCAAGUGUUUGGCACCCAUGCUGCAACUUUGUGUCUCUUUGGCAUUUCUGAACUUGAAGAAAUCAUGUGGAGUGCAUUGAACUUUUCAGGGAGAAGAAAUGUUUGGUGUCUCUACCCUAAUAAGAAUGCUAUGCCGAUGUCUGUUCAGGACACAUUCAUUCAAAAUUCCUCCAGGGAUCAUCAGUCUGAACAGAAUUCGGUACUUGGAGAUGAAAGAAUUAAUUUUAUUUUGAUUGAUGGUACAUGGAGCAAUUCCCAAGCAAUGUUCAAGCGUUUAAAGGAUAAAGCACAGGUAGUUUGGGGAGAAGACCUUCCUUGCAUCUCUCUGAAUGCAGGGGUAUCUCUAAUGCACAAACUUAGACCACAACCCUCAUGGGACCGUACCUGCACAGCAGCAGCAGCAGUUGGUCUCCUUUAUGAGCUUCAUCUUGUUCCUGAGUUCAGCUCUCAUGGACUGGAUAGUCAGGCUGAAGCUAUCGAAGAUGCUUUAGAGAUUCUGUUUGAAUCACUUACAGCUCGAAGACUUCGUAUGGGGAGGUCCAUCAGCCGAAAGGAGAGACAUUACAGCAACCUCUGCUAGAAACAAGCAUUUCUUCUACAAUUUUGGCGGAGACUUUUUCCCUUCAAUUGAGGCAGCGCCUGCAUACUAACUGAUUAGGUUAUAAGAGGUGAGAUCCUUGCUAAUUUCUAGUAUUACAGAAAGGAAAUACAAAGUGACUGAGAUCAAAGAACUUCGGUGGCCGGGCAGUGAUUUUAUCAGACUAUACAGAUUCAGAUUUUUUUGCACAAUGUUUUGAUGCUGAAAUUUCAGACACGUUUUUGGACAUAUUGUCUUACGGAUUAAAAGACUGAUAGAAAGAAUUAAUGUAUUGGCUCUGAAUAAUAAAGCCAAGUUAAUUAUGGAGUUUGGAUUAAAGAUAGA